AUGGCUCUUCGUCUAUCCCCAUCCCGGCCUGUACCUCUACUGGCGACUAUAACAGCCAGCGCGAUUGGAGUCGGCGUCCUUUCUAGAAUGAUGUUCAGCACAGCAUCCGCAGAGUCGAACUCUCCCCAAAAGAUCUUUGGUGGUGGAUUUGCUUCGGUGAAACUGCCGUUGCAUAGUUCCGAGUAUGAGUCUCAUGAUACAAAAAGGUUGCGUUUCAAGCUGCCUCAGGAAACUGCCGUUACUGGUCUUCCGUUAGCGUCGCCCUUGUUGACGUUGACUUGGCCUGAGGGAUCAUAUCUACCUACACCUCGACCUUAUACUCCCAUUUCACCACCAGAUGAGCCAGGAUAUAUGGAACUUCUCGUCAAGAAAUACCCCAAAGGAAAAGGCAGCACCUAUCUCCACUCCCUCCAACCAGGCGACACCCUUUCCUUCACAUCCCUCCCAUUUAAACCAACAUGGAAGACCAACAACUUUCCUCACAUAACCCUCAUAGCAGGUGGAUGCGGUAUAACACCCAUCUUCCAACUUGCCCAGGGCAUUCUUCGCAACCCUGAGGAAAAGACACGCAUGACGCUCAUCUUUGGCGUUAAUUCAGAUGAAGAUGUUUUACUCAAGAAGGAACUUGACAGUUUCGCGAAAGAGUUUCCUGAGAGGUUUGAAGUCAAGUAUACUGCUAGCAAUCCUGCCCAGGGAUCAGAGUUGAGGAAAGGAAGAGUUGACAAGAUGUUGUUGGAAGAGGUGCUUGGGUCAAAGGUUGGGAGGGAUACCAAGGUUUUUGUGUGUGGACCUCCGGAGAUGGAAAAGGCGCUUGUUGGAGGACGGGGGAAGGGAGUUUUGAGACAGAUUGGAUUUGAGAAGAGUCAGAUUCACAAGUUUUAA